AAGAUAAUGUGGUUAAUACAGGAGAUCGAGCAGUUAAAAAAUAUACUGAAGCUUUGUGGCAACUUGUUGAUGAACUUACCUUCGCAUUUUAUUUCCCUGAUCCUGCCCAACAUGAUCUUUUUAAGUAUGCACAAGAAAUGAAUAAUGAGGGUUAUAUACGAAUGUUCAAUUUUUACAAAAAUGGUCUUGUUCAAUU